CGCCCCACGCGUCAGGCGUGGGAUCUGCAGGGCAGGGCGGGUGAUUUCUGGGGUGAAGGAACCCUAAGGCCAGAGGGCAGAGACCCGGGAGCCAGCUGCCUAAGGCCGAGGCCAGGUACGGUGGGAGACGCCGGGCCGCGCGGCGCCGAGCCGGCUUUCUGUUUUGGCUCCCUCCGGGUUUUGCUCCCUGACCUUGGAUAGUCAGCUUUCUCUUCCGGGGCUUAAUGUUCUCAUCAUUGAAAUGGGGCGUUUGGACUCCUUGUCUAGCCAGGUUUUUCUGCCCUAAACUUUUGGGGACUGCUGCUUCUCUGAUGUGUUGGACUUGCAGUGUUAUUAACGAAGCUGAGUUAGAAGAAGGAAAGCCUUUUUUUUUCUUUCCUUUCAGGAUAUGUUAGGCGCUCAGUUGUUGGUGAGGCUGGCAGGCACUAUGCAGAGUUAGCACCUCUGGGGGCUUGAGUCUGCACAGACCGCGACUGGAAAAUCUGGCUGCAAGGCGGGUUCCCAAAGGGACUGUCAGGAGUCUCAGCAGGCACUUGCUCCCUCUGGGCUUUGCUUACCUUCGUGUAGGGCUCCCUGACUUGUGUGCUGAAGACUGGAGCGGGGCUGAGGGGGGUGGUAAAUGGUUAGCAUUUUCCCUUGGGGUCCUGCCUGCACCCUCUCAGCCUUGUAGCUUCAUUGCUGGGUGAGGAUCUACAGGGGGGUGGGGGUGGGGCUGGACCCAUCCUGACCUCUGGUUCAAAUCCAUUUAGUUCUGCAUGGCUCCUUUCAGUCUCCUCCUUGGUUCAGCCUAGGAACAUCUAGUUCGUCCUCUAUCGAAGUUGCUUCCCUUUGCUGCCCGGUUUCCUCCUCACCUCCCUGGCAGUUCUCUCUCAGUGCAUUUUCCCCAGAGGAUGGUGAUUCCUGAAGGGGAGGGCUGAGCAAACGCUUCAUGUUGUACUCCUGGUUUUACAGUCCAGGGUCUGACCCUAGAGGCUUCUCAGGGAACGUUUUCGGUUACUGCCUUCUUGCAGUAAUCAACCUUUUUCUAAGUGUGAAUCUUGUGAAAAUGGAACCAUAGGACAAUCCUAAGUUUCUGUCCUUGUCUCCUCUCUGGGAAACAGAGGCAAAGGAGAGUACCUUGUUCAAGGCCACCCAGAUGGGAAGUAGUUGGGCUGGGCAGGUUACUUUUAGCCAACACACACAACCUUGGGUGUGUGGCUCUGCUGAUUGGUUCUCUGUGGGCAGCUGAGGGGGCUGAUGUGGGUGUUGUGAUUUCUGCCCCCAACACAAUGCUGCUUUUGUGGGAUUUUGCAACCAGUGGAUCCUUCUGUGCAGCCUCAGGCUUGAGCAACUCCAGCCUGUGUCAGCUCCUCCCGGCCUUUUGAACACUCCAGUACUGUGAGGCUCUGAGAGGGCCUGAGUCCUCCGCCAGGAGUACAGAUGUCAAGGUUGUAUCUGCCUGGUGGCCUAGUAGUUGAUCAGAGGCAGCAGGGGGGAGCACAACCUUGCAUCUGUUUCACGGUUUUUGUGCCUUUUGGGUGUUUAGAAAGAGGAGGUACGAUAAAGUAGGCUGGUAAGUACUUCUUUGUUUGAGACUGCUGUUGUGAAUUGGGCUGAGGACGAGGAGACCCUGUUGUCCCAUUAGAAGUCUUGCAGGCUGACUGGAAUUUGUUUCUGUAUCAUGUCUAGGAAACAUGCUUUCUUCUGAUCCACUCAAAGGUAAUUUCAUGAAUUAGCUGCAAGGAAGCCAGACCAGGCCCACAGGUAUGAGAGCACGGGUACUGUGGGCUGAGACCCUGGAGCCACAUGCUAGAAUCUUCUACAACUCUCCUUCGACUGAUAGCUUUGGAAGGAGCAUGUCUUGACCAUGAAACAGGAAAACCAUGUUGAGGAAAGAACGGAACCUGGGCUGUGGGCAGAGUACUGAACACCAGGGGAACACUGCCAUUGUAGACACUCCUGCCUCCUCACCUGCUUUUUCUAUGGGGGCACCUUGGGGUAGAACUUGGGAACCAGAGCUUGUGCAGCAAGUGCUUUUACCUGCGGAGUCAUCCCCCUGACCCCAGAUCCUUCUGUUCCGAACAGGAAUCCCCACACUCCCACUUUGCAGGUCAUCCCAGCCUCGUGCAGCUGCUCCUGUUGAAGCCUUGAGCUACACAGCGAAGAGGCCAGAAGGCUCAGUGCCUCCCUGAAGGCAAGUGGAGGUGAGACGCUGCCCGGUGUGAACUGCACCCCUAGAAACAGGAAGUAGAAGCUAGAGCCGCUGUCUGUCUGCCAUGGCUUGUGAACCUCCCUCAGAUCCUGGUGGGGCAGCUGGUCCUCUGCCCACCUCCACCCUGGGCUGCAGCACCCUGCCUCAGGGGAACCCUCCUGGCUGGGGGGAAGAGCUACACAACGGCCAGGUCCUCUCAGUCCUCCGGAUCGACAACACCUGUGCACCCAUCUCCUUUGACCUGAGAGUUGCAGAAGAACAGCUGCAGGCCUGGGGCAUUCAGGUCCCUGCUGAGCAGUAUAGGAGCUUGGCUGAGAGUGCGCUUUUGGAGCCUCAAGUGAGGAGGUACAUCAUCUACAACUCCAGGCCCAUGAGGCUGGCCUUUGCUGUGGUGUUCUAUGUGUUGGUGUGGGCCAACAUCUACUCCACCAGCCAAAUGUUUGCCCUAGGCAACCAGUGGGCAGGUGUGCUGCUUGCGACCCUGGCCGCUGUCAGCCUGACCCUGACUCUUGUGCUGGUCUUUGAGAGGCAGCAGAGGAAGGCUAACACUAACACAGACCUGAGGCUGGUGGCUGCCAAUGGAGCCCUUCUGAGACACCGCGUGCUGCUGGGGGUGACAGACACCGUGGAGGGAUGCCAGAGUGUGAUCCAGCUCUGGUUUGUCUACUUUGACCUGGAGAACUGUGUGCAGUUCUUGUCCGAUCAUGUCCAAGAAAUGAAGAGGAGUCAGGAGUCCUUGCUGAGAAGCAGAUUAAGCCAGCUAUGUGUUGUCAUGGAGACUGGAGUGAGCCCCGUGGUGGAAAGGCCUGAGGACUUGGAAGAUUCUCCCCUCCUGCCCAGAACUCCUGGUCCUCAGGAGAGACCACUCACACAGACUGAACUCUAUCAGCUUGUUCCAGAGGCUGAGCCAGAGGAGAUGGCCCGGCAACUGCUGGCAGUGUUUGGUGGCUACUACACCCGGCUCCUGGUGACCUCUCAGCUCCCUCAGCCAAUGGGAACACGACACAUGAACUCUGCAAGGAUCCCAUGCCCCUGCCAGCUCAUAGAAGUACACAUUUUGGGCAGAGGAUGUUGCCCAUUCCUGGCCAGGUGACCUAGGGAUGAAGGUGUUCAUCUUCCUCCAAGACUAAGAAGUGGGGGAGGAGUCAGGAGCCCAGCAUGGCCACCAGUGAACUCAGAUGAGGUCAGCGUUUGGGGACACUUUCUCAAGUGUCAGUCAUGUAGGCCUUUGGGUCAUCAAGUGCACACCAGAUGUCUUCUUGGCAUCAUACGCUGUCCUGGCCUUGCUGAAUCUGGUGUCUG